UUCAUCCGUGGCAGAUAUCCACAGUACCUUAUCCCCCGUGAUUUUGUGUUUGUCUGUUGUCCGCACAGAGUGAUACAAUGAAUGAAUAAACCUUUCUUUUUCAUUUGCCAUAUCACACUAACUCAAACCUACAAAGAUGAAAACUUUCUCUUCAAUUCAACCACCCCACCAUCUUCAUUCUACAAGAUUUUUCUCUCACACUACAACAAGGACUCAACUUUCUUUUCCUACAAAGGUCUUCUUUUGCCUGGCAAAAUCUGGCAUAGAUGGCUCAUUGGAUUUAAAAGUGGUGUCUCCCACUUUGUUAGCAGCAGAAAAGGAAGAAGCCAAGGCUGUAUUAACCUUGUUUUUGAAGAAACAUGGUUUGAGGAAAGCGCUUGCUGCUAGAACCAUCAACAAGUCAGAUCUUUUCAUUGAUCACCUUGUCUCAAAGCUUCAUUCUAAGCACAAAUCUUGGUAUCUUGCAGGGAGAGAGCUUACAACUCUGGAGAUCAGGGACGCUCUUAUCCCUUAUCUUGAAUCUCUCUUUAAAGAGCAUGGAGCCAUUCUAGUGGAUAUAGUGGAAAGCUAUCCAAAUCCACCUGUUAAGGAUAAAUCAGCUGUGCCAAUUCCUCCUUCUAGUCCAGUGUUAGACUCUAAGAAGCUUAAAGCUGUGUCUAGAGUGAGUGAGGUAGACACAGAUGGUGGCAGUCUUCGCCCUCAUAUUGUCUAUCUUAUGGAACUUGGUAUGGAUAUUGAGCAAAUUAGGGGUAUCACACGCAGAUUCCCAUCUUUUGCCUACUAUAGCUUGGAGGGUAAAAUUAAGCCAGUGGUUGAGUUUUUUCUUGAACUGGGAGUGCCAAAAGAGAACAUUCCCACUAUCCUCAUUAAAAGGCCUCAAUUAUGUGGGAUCAGUCUAUCUGAAAAUCUUAAACCCACCAUGAAGUUCUUUGAAUCUUUGGGUGUUGACAAGGAACAAUGGCCAAAGGUGAUCUAUCGCUUCCCAGCCUUGCUAACUUAUAGCAGGCAGAAAGUGAUGGAAAGCAUAUAUUUUCUCCUUGAAUUGGGCCUCUCAGAAGAGAGUAUAGGUAAGAUUUUAACUCGCUGCCCCAAUAUUGUUAGUUACAGUGUAGAGGACAAUCUCCGACCCACGGCUAAGUACUUCCGUUCUUUGGGAGUUGAUGUUGGAAUUCUUCUUUUCAGAUGCCCACAGAAUUUUGGUCUUAGUAUUGAGGCCAACCUAAAGCCUGUAACAGAAUAUUUCUUGGAGAGGGGUUACACUUUGGAAGAAAUUGGGACCAUGAUUUCAAGAUAUGGAGCCUUGUAUACUUUCAGCUUGACUGAAAAUUUGAUUCCAAAAUGGGAUUUCUUUGUGACCACAGGCUACCCAAAAUCUGAACUAGUGAAGUUCCCUCAAUAUUUUGGAUACAGUUUAGAGGAAAGGAUUAAGCCUAGAUUUGCAAUUUUGAAAAAAUCUGGAGCAAAGUUACUGCUGAACCAGGUUCUUUCACUGUCAAGAAGCAACUUUGAGGAAGUCUUGGAAAAGAAAAUGAAGAAAAUGCAAGUUAGUUAGGAUUCUAGUAACAGCAGCAAAGUUGGUCAAUCAGAUGCUGAAUAGAAGAUGUUCGACUUCAUGAUUGUUUUGUUUUGGUUUUGGGGAAAAUAAUGGCACAAUGACUGUGAAUUUAUGUUAAGUGAAAAGUUGCAGUUAUACUGGAACAUGGUCAAUCAAUAGCUAGCUCCUGAAAUCAAAAUACAGCUCAUGGCCAUGAACUUAAGAGUCAAGCUAUAUUGUAGUAAUUUUGAGCAGGGUAGUACCUGGAACCAAAAUUUUAACAGGGUUUUUUUUUUUACAUGGAUGACCCUGGUUAGCAUCGAGAUGUAUUGUAGUAAUUUAGAGAUGUAUUGUAGUAAUUUAGAGCGUGGUAUCUCCUGAAACCAAAACUUUUAACUGGUUUUUUUUUUUUUUACAUGGAUGACCCUGGUUAUUGCUGCUGUAUAUGUGAUUAUUUUUAUAGCUAUAUAUUGACUAGAGUUCUUACUGGAUA